AUCGAUUAUCGUAUACAGCAUUCUUGAACAUGACUUCGAAUCUUGUCAAAUGCUACCCAUGCCUUAUCCCGAAGCGGCCUCGGAUGCCUCAGCCUCUCAUCGUGGAUUCAACUCACCCUCGACAGUUCGUCACGAGUGCGAUUUCGCAAGCCGGAGGAAAAAAUAAAAUCAAAGUGACUGGCAAGGGUCGAUUGAAGGAUCAUCCACUUGGUGGACCUGGAAUGGAAGAAGCUUUCGAUAUAGAGAGAGAUCUAGUGAAACCAUUUGCUAUGCAAGAUGUACCUGGUGUCACUCAUCUUCGGUGGGCAGAAGCUCGAAAGCGGUUACACGCAUUACGUGUUAUCAAAUUUCAGAUGCCAUCCUUAGCCAAAUUCCGUCAACCUUUUGUACCACCAAGUCCCGAUGCUCAUCUGAUCGUCAAAACACAUGAUGAUAUGGACUUUCAUUACGGUCAAGCAGAUUCACAAAGGCCUAAUCGAAAAGUCACGGUCAAACUUAACUUAUCUCGAUUUCCUAAAUUAAUCGAAUCUCCCGAAGCCAUGCACAAGAUCAAAUUACUUGCAGGCAGUCGUUGGACUGCUCCUAACAUUCGAUCUCCCUUCGACACUAAUGAACACUACGACGAUCCAAACGGUUCGGUGACCAUAGCUUGUGACAAAUACCCAACUCGAGCCAUGAAUGAAAGAUGGUGCUCAGAAACAGUUGAUCGCCUUCUUACUGUUGCCACCUCACCCGAUACAGACAAGAUGACAGACAUUCCGCUUGAUCUUCGACCAUCAGAACGAAGAAGGAUUCGAAACUCUCGGCAGCCGUGGAAAGCUAAGGGCGACAGUGCAGUCCGUUUCCCAUUGGAAUGGCUCACCCCAACUGUUCGUGCUCGACUUGAGGCAAAUCAGGCAAAUAAAAUUAGUGUCAAGCAAAAUUGUAGGCAAGCGCUGGCUCGCUCGGACCAAGAAUUGCGACAGUUGGUGAAAUGGGAUGGAAUAGGCUUGGCCCCUAUCGGCUUGUUCGACAGACUUGGGCCGGUGGAAAAGAAGAGGUUAAAUGAGAUCAUCGAGGAACGAUCUCAACUACGCGCCUCGCUUGUCAACUCAGAGGCUGCUGUGGACAAGUAGAGAUACCUAGUGCGCGAAGGGACUUUCUGAAGCUCACAGCUAUCAUUCAAUGCAAUAGACUUAAUCAUGCAUACGCAGAUUUGCAAAUUCGCCAUCAUGUCCCGAGGG